UCAGACAGCGUCCCAUCGAGCACGGCCUGACCGAGGGAGGUUCGGCGAGGGCGACAGGCAGGAAAGAUGUUGAGCCGACUGCAGGAGCUCCGCAAGGAGGAGGAAACACUGCUGCGGGUGAAGGCUCUGCACGACCAGCUCAAUCAACUCAAGGUUGAAGAGCUGGACCUGCAAUCAAUUAUUAGCUCCAGAGAGGGCAAUGGAAUGACCCAUUCUUCACCUUUAACAGAGGAACCAGAAAAUAUCUUGGUGCAGGUAGACAAUGAAUCUUCCAUCAAUCAAACUGAAUUACAGCUAAGCACAAGAAACCAUGCUCAAGAAGAGGAAGAGGAGGAGGAAGAAGAGGAAGAAUCAGAUUCCUAAAGGAGAAAGGGAAAAAUCAGGAUUAGUUAUUUAUCUAAGUUAACAGUAAGAUUCAGGAACUUCCUCUGUUCAAUCGCAGUACAAUCAUUAUAGCCUAUUCAUGAAGAACUCCCAGAAAAUGCACUAUUAAAAAGACCCCAUAGCUUGCUGAAGCUUUAGAAUGUUGAGUCCAAACAAAAACUGAUGAAAGAUAGGAUAUUCAAGGAUCUAUUUUACCAGGGAAAAAGAGGUCAAGUUCAUACAAGUUAAUCAAAUUAGAUAUAUAUACAUACUAGAAAUAAAACUCCAUGUGAAUUCUGUUGAAAUGUUCACCUAUGUACAACCAAGAUAGUUUAACUGCAAGGCAGCCUUUCACAUUUUCUAAUGUGUAUUUACAGUUAAAAACAUGCCAUUAAACUCCCAUAUGCACAAAGCAAGGCUGUAUUCUAGGUUCUAGAAUCUACUAAUAGUUAAAAAGAAAGAGGAUUUAAUGGGAUUCAGCUUCUCACAUAAAAAGUGGAAGCUCUGUUUAAAUGCUACUUUGAGGAACAUCAUGACAUAAGAGCACACAGUAUGCUGCUUGGCAUGGUUGUGACUGUGUCUUACUCUAUCGCAUUGUGGUAAAAUGUGUUUAGAAUAAAUCUUAGAUAGAAAA